GGUUAAUGAGGGUUAGGGUGCCAGCAACAUUCAUACUUGUCCUAGCAAAUAUGGUUCACAUCGUUCGCCCACGACCAUCAUGACCAUUCGCCAACCAUUUAUAGUACAGAAACAUCCAAAGCCAAAUAAAGACAGCAACAAUGACGCGUCUCCGUACUCGUUCUUCCGGAAGCAUCUUGGUCCUCCAACUUCUAAGCUUGGUGGAACCAUGCCUAUGCGGAAGAUGGACCACGGAUGCCCUCGUCCGCAUAGCGUAUCCGAACACGGUGUGGAGCACGCCAGGGUCGGUAGAGGAGGACAGCGACGAGGAGGACCUAUUUGUCAAUUAAGGGAACCGAGAACCUAGCUCUUGUUACGCCUCCAGCUUUUUUUAGUUGUCCCUUUCUUGUUGGAAGCACAUGAAUAAAUGGAGGUACUUAAAAGAUGCGAGUAACUACUUAAUAUAAGCGAGUAACUACUUAAUAUAGAGGCGAGGUACUGAACAAGGAAGAGUAGCAUUGUCAAAGCUACCUCCCUUAAAUUUCAGUCAGUAACUCGGUUAUUUUCCGUUUUCGCUCCCUUUCUUGUUGGAAGCACGUGAAUAAAUGGAAGUACUUAGCUUCAAAUAUAGAUAGGUUCUCGGUUCCUCUAAGUCAACAAUGGCGUGGAUCACUCUUCUCUCAUGUGUGGGGAAGAUGGUGGUGGUAGUUUCUACGGUACCACGUCUGAAGGACAAGGCGAUGGUCGUAGUUAUCCUUAUCUUAAGGCUACCGCUGUAGCAUGUCUCCUUACUUUCAUGAUGAUCCUUGGAGGUCCAUCUUUUGCUGCUUGAAAACGAAGCCCCAAGGAUGUGACUCUGAAAGAAGAUGCGAACGCGGUAGCUCUAACUAUCGUCAUGGCAAUGGCUUCCUUGGUACAACAGGACUGCAAGGAGGUGGUGGUGGUGGUGGUAGUAGCAGUAGAGAAGCAAUGAGCUUUCAUCCGUUCACAACACAGCGACCGAAAAGAUUGACUGAAAAACAAGCUAGAAGAAGGCUGUAUCGUGCGUCAGAGGGAUAUCGACGUUACACUUACGGGUUCCCACCUUACAUUCCCCACUAAGGCUCUUUUCCAAUAGGAAAUAAGAGGUCAAGGAUUUUUUGAGGAAGGUAAUGCUGUAGCCUCUACUAAGAUACUUGGUUCACCCAAGGAGGCAGAGCACGGGUCAAAUUCGCUGUAACUCGGGAACAAAUUGAGAAAUUAUUCCCUGACGACACAUUUUUAGCAGAAGCGGAGCGGCAAAGACGGAGACGGAGCCUGUCCUAUAAGCGAGACUAUACACGGGUCGAUAUUCAGUUGCUGCCAGAUGCUGGAAGUAACAAGCAGCAUAAGCAUAAUGAUCAGGACACCACUAGAUCAUCUGAAAAGUUUCCUGAAAAUAGCAAUAGGCGACUCCUCCUCUCGUCCUACCGACGACUCGAUACAGUGCCGAAAAACUGUGCUGAGGCUGAGAGGAACAAGCAAUCCUUUUCUACGAGUGGCAGAAGAUGUUCGGCUUCCUCGUGUUGUCCCCACGCUAAAACUCCUCUACAAACUUCUAGUAGACACGAAACAUUCGCACUGCAUAUAGAGCAUUUUUCACUCCCAGACGGAAAUACUUGGGUAAAAAAGACGCCACAAGGUCGCACAGUACUGGACCUUUCAUCUGUUGAAGCACAUACGACUACGAGCAGAGAGCCGACGACGUCGGAACUGGGUCCCCGAAGACUGGGACAUACAUCGGCGUAUGAUCCGCAAGUAAGACAACAUACAGCAUUAAAAUUAGAUUCGCAAGGAGGACAAGGAUCGCGUCCUUCAGUAGGACAACAUACAUCGCCUCUAGAUCCGCAAGUAGGUCAACAUCCAUUACAUCCACAAGUAGGUCAACAGCCAUUGCCUCCACAAGUAGGAGCUCAACCCGAUCCUCGUCCGCAUUCUUUUUUGCAGCAGCAUCAUUUCCCUCCUGUAGCAAACACAGUGUCCCGUGACGCUCAGUUUUUCUCGCAGCAAUUGCACCGGUCUGUCUUUCCCGCGAACUGGGUGUUGGGUGAGGUAACGUCGCCUUUACCUUCCCUACGUCCAGAUCAUAGUACCUCCUUAGCAAGAAGUGGAGCCUCGCUAGGUGGAGCUGUACUGACGUCACCUCUGCCUUCCUCCGGUCUAGAGAGCUCCUCAGAGGAGAGGAAUUCAUCAGAGGAUACCCCGGAUACGAUUGCAGGCGUUCCCAUAGCUGCACACUAUGGGAUUAUUGAGAUGAAUCAGAUCCACAUGAAGUACCCUUCUAUGUUGGAAAACAUAAUUUCAUUGUCAUCUAGGCCACCUUACAUUAUGGGGCGUAGUGAACGUGUUUGCAUGAAAUGUUAGUACCACCUUACAUUAUAGGACGUAGCAAACGUGUUUAGGCGUGAAGUGCUGUUAGUGCUGUCCCUGAACAGCCUUCUACGUCUAACAUGAAGGCGACACGAAACGACUAGACGAAGACGAGAGCAAUCAUUCUUCUCUGUGCGUCAUCGUAUAUUUUCACAGAAAUGCGGAGUACAUAGAACAGUCCUUCCAGGUGCUCGUGAACCUGGCUGCAGAGACGGGUUGUGACGUCCUUGGAGUCGAGUAUGUCCACUAUGUUGCUCUCUCGCAGCAACGUAGUCCUCAGCAACGUGAGACGAAGACCGAAUGGGGGAGCAGUUUUGAUUAAGGCUAGGUCCAUGGUCUACUUAUAAAUGCAUCCCACAAAGUCCACUUAUUGUUGUUCAAAGUAUCCUCGUCUUUGGUCAUUUUCUUAUAUAUAGGAUGGGAAUUGUGUAAGAGGCAAAAGCGAUCCAAUAAAUCUGCCAUCAACGUCGACGAUGCGACUUGUUUGGGAUGCGACUCCAUCAUGAUUCGCUCUAAUGUCCCGCUGGAUAUCCCCCGGCCGCCGGACAAAUCCGCAUGAUAUCCUCUGCUAAGGAUUUAGCCCACCUGGUGGAGGUAACCGGGCAACUGGCUCUAGGUUUCCUGCAGGAAUACUAUAGCGGAAAAGUGGACGUCUAUUCCUACGGGUUUUCGAUUGGCGCAUGGAGUGCAGUUUUACUCGCUGAGUCAAUGCCUGUCGACUCAGCUGCAGGUACAGGCUCUUCAGGCGAGAGAGUUCUGAGAGGCCUUGAGGUCGCGAAGCAAGGAGGAUCGUAUGCUUAUCAAACUGCAGAAACAGCGGUAGAGGCGGGGGAAGCAAAUAAAGGAGAUACCGAUAAUAUCAACAUAGUAUCGUCUGGCACUGGCAGAAGCUGUCGUGUCGGUGAUAGUCCGAGUGCUUUUCCUCUUCUUGGAGAAACUGAUGGGAGUGCUAGUGCCACGGGGACAACAUGUUGUUGUCCGCCGCUGAUCAGGCGCAACCAGAUGUCGAUCGACUCAGAACAAGAAAGCUGGUGUGUAGCAGGAUUAAGCGAAUGCUGCAGUCCUAUUGCUGGGGAUGAACUAGUACUUUUUUCAGGGGAGCAACUACGUGGUUCACAGGAAUUACGACCAGGACGUUGCGUGUAUUUAAAGGAUCUGAGGAUUUUCUAAGGAUCUACUAAAGCACUCAAAAAGUCUAAGCAUAAUACUAGUGAAAUAUUACUACCUCCUAAAAACCCACUCACGUAAAAGUACAUAAGGAUAAGUACUUGCUUGAGGAUAAGUACUUGCAUAUGGAUAAGUACAUGAUAUUAAUGAAGGCCACUCUCCUCCACUAAAAAACCUAGAGCAUCCGAGAGCGACAGCCUCUUUGCAUCUUCGUGGUAUCAUCUUGGCCUCCGCGUUUUCCUCAGUCGAUGACGUGUUUGGAGGAGACGCCCUGCGUAUAGCAGUAGGAUCAUGGGGUGGGCAGAGAGUGGCUCGCUGGGUCUACAACUUAUUCGGUGCGCCAGACACAUCCUGGCUACACAUUGCUGACCGACUGCGGAGGAUAUUUGCGACGACAUCAUUUAAGGCUAGCAACUUGGCUCAAGAGAAGGACCCCAGUAAUACUAGUAGAGGUAGCAGCACUUCUUAGUGCUUCUGGACUUUGCAAACCCCUCGACUGGGUACAUGAAUGAGAGUGGGGUAUGUUGCUGAGUGGUUUCCUUUGAUUUCAAAGGGAAUGUUGUGGAUCGGGAAGGAAAGUGCAAGGGAGUGGAAAGUGGAACCUACUCAACCAUACGAACGAUGAUGGGAGGCUAAGAUAGACGAAGUACCUCUAAACCAUCCUUGAAGCUUCUCCUGUUACAUACGAUGAACGAUGAGAUGAUAUCGGCAAAUAGUGCAGUCCGCGAAAAUCUCAGAGCAGCCUUAACAGGUAAAAACGAACAAAGGGAAAGAGAAAGGCGCAGCAGAGUCAGGGUUUCUUGUAUCAAAAACCACUUAGCCAUGUGUGCAGAUGAAGACGAUACUAGCAGCUCGUCUGCGUCUUCUUCUAGUGCGUCUGAUGUUUAUACCCAGCACAGUGACGAACAAAAGGAAGAUUUGGAUCACACGACCAGACGUCGGCAUGGCCUCCAAGAUGGCCUCCAAGAAUCUCUUCAGGAUCAACCCGUAAGAGGACCUGUACUAGACCAUCAUGCAAGGAGAAGGACAGUGGGAGGACCUGUACUAGACCAUCAACAUGCAAGGAGAAGGACAGUGGACGUAGAUGCGGUGCUGGAUGGCCUCGACCAGGUGCUAGAAGAAAGGGAGCGUAUCUUCAAAAGAGGGAAGGAAAAUGGGGAAGAGCGAAGGUCUUUUGGGCCUUAUCGAUACGACGAUGGUGCAGUAAAGGCCUUUGUGCUGCCGAGUGGUGGACACAUUAUGAAAAACAUUUAGAGAAAUCUUGGAAAAACAUUAUGUUUGAAAAUCUCAAUCUUCUUGAUGCAUCCCUUCUUGGUUUCUUUCCUUCCCAUACGAGAGAGGGGUUUGAUUCUUGGCAAACUUCUUCUUAGAAGAAUAGUGUAAAAACUGGUGGCAAGCCUGCUGUUAGAAAGAAGAAAAAUAUACUAAGCUUUUCUUAGAAAAGAAAUAUACGAUGCUAGCAUAGUUCUCCAAAAUACAUCGUAUACUCCCAAUUUAAUAUUAUCCUGUACAAUCCAAUAGUUGCAUCUAACACCAAUGUCUGUCGAACCGGAGAUAUGCGCAAGUUAAGGAAUGCUUCGAACCAUCUACUUUUCGAGCCAUGCACUUUUCGAUUCUUCUGCAGAUUAAGCAUGAUCCUGGAUUUGUUUUAUCAUAUCAGGGGGAUACCACAGCCACCAGGCCGUCAGGAAGGUCCCUAGAGCCCUUACAUCAAAGUCUUUAGUGACAGAUGGUAAGGGCGCUCGCGAGCGCGACACGUGCGAGGCGGUAGGGCCGCGCGCGGGCAUAAUAAUAAUAAUAAUAACUACAACAGGGGGGAUGCUGGAGGCAGCCAUCCUGGAUGUAUUUGAUAGCACAUCAGAGGGGAUACAUGAUUGAUAGUACAAAGGGGGAUAGGAGUAGGACUAGGAGUAGCCUGGAACUUGACCCAAAUGAUUAGACCUUGUUCCAUUUCUUGAAGGAGAUGGAUAUUUACAUACUUUCUUUCUUUACUAGAAGCAAGUAGGUAAAUAUUUAUAUUUACCGAUAUUUGGAAUUGGACCUAGAAAAUAUAGGCUCCAGAUGGAUUUCGAGGACUAUCUAAGCAAUUUUCGAACGGAGAUUGCCGCACUGAUUCGGCAUGAUGAGUAAGCGGAUGAACCUGUGUCGCGAAGAAGUAGCCACCGUGUGAGCGCGUUCCGACAGUUUUUGCCACUGCCACGAGUAGGAACAUCAGGGAGAGUCAAGGUAUCACAGGUCUGCAGUAGGAGUCCGGUAACACAUGGCUGCAGUAGUUGUAGUUUUCUGGUGCGGUAGUCAAGAAGUGACUGCAAGAACGGGAAGAAUAGUGUGUCUGUUGUUUGCUAAAUUAUAGUUCAAUGGACCAAGCGAACACUUCGAACCUGUCUGCAAAAUGUUGCAUCUCUGUUGGGUUGUAGUCAUUUGACUUAAAUCAUCAUCAUGUGGAGUAGUAGCUUUUUGCUGGAGAAAUUCAGCGUGCCUGCGUAUCAACAAGGACGAAAUGCUCUGGCGCGUUAACAUUUUGUUCGAGUGUGAGAAGGUCAAGACACUUGUCCUCUGUCUAUUCAAAGUUAUAUCUUCCUCAAACAAGGCAGCUUUUGUAUGAUUUGAGUGCCAUUUCAGUCACACGCUUGUUAGACGAGAGAAACCAGUUUCCGUCUCUCCUUGGACGAGCAGCUCUAUUGUGUGGGAACGAC